AUGGAUCUCAAAGUGAUCUCUGUGCUCUCCGUCAUCCUCCUCGUAGCCCUCAGCACCUUGGUGGAGGGAAAGACAUUACCAACACCCUGCCAGUGCGAAGUGGACCCCAGGGUGCGGAAGAACUGCGGCUACCCGGGCAUCUCACCCCUGGCGUGCAGGAAAGCUGGGUGCUGCUUCAACGCUUCCGUCCCCGGCAUUCCCUGGUGCUUUGCUCCUAAAGCAAGGAAAGUUAGGAAAGUAUGUCCCAACGAGCCUAAAGCCAGGAUAAACUGCGGUUUCCCCGGCAUCACGGCCAAGGAGUGCAGAAGGAAGGGCUGCUGCUUCAAGGCACAUCCCGCUGGUGUCCCCUGGUGCUUCUACCACCGCGUGCUGGAGGAAG